AUCCACCCGGGCGACAACAAGCACGACUUCCAUCGUGAACGACAACAACGAGUGCAACCAUGUCCGACGACUACUCCGAUGACGAGUAUUACUACGAUGAGGACGAGGAUAUGAUGGACGCCGACGACGGAGACUCUGCCCCGUCCGACGAGGAGAUGGACAUGGAGGUGUUUGAUAACGACUUUAAGCUGCCUGGCAAGGCGCGCAAGAAGUCCUACGAGGUCGACUCGGAACCUCUGAGUCAGGCGCAAGUCGAGCGGCUCAUGCAGACAGACAUCGAACAUAUCAGCGGUAUCUUCGGCGUCGAUGAGAACGUGGCAUCGCUUCUGUUGCGACAUAUGAGCUGGAACAAGGAGCGCCUAAUCGAGAAGUACAUGGACCAUGCCACCGCUGUGAGCGUCGAAGCCGGCAUCACACCCAAGGAGGAGAAGCCCGCAAAGGCCGCCGCCUCCAGCCGCGCAGGUUCGUCAUCCACCGGGCCCCAGCGCUCCACCCGCUCGUCCAAAUCCAGCAACAAGCUCAAGUCCCCGUCGCCCGCGCCGAAGGAGGACGAGCCGUACACCUGCCCGAUCUGUUUCGACGACACACAGACGCGCACGAUGGCGCUCGCGUGCGGACACGCGUUCUGCUCUUCUUGCUGGAACGCGUACGUGACGGGCAAGAUCCGUGAGGAGGGCGAGCACUGGAUCCGCUGCAUGGCCGAGGGGUGCGGGCUCGUCUGCCCGGACCCCUUUGUGCGCGAGGCGCUGGGCGAGGAUAAGGCGACGUGGAACCGGUUCCGCGAGCUUCUGGUGCGCCAUUUCGUCGGAUGCAACAAGAACCUCAAGUUCUGCCCCUACCCCAACUGCACGUACACGGUUGCGUGUCCCGCUGCUGCGUCGAAGUCGGCGCUGCUCUCCAUCGUGCCGACCGUGACCUGCGGUGCGAGUCCGGACCACAAGUUCUGCUUCGGGUGCUCCAUCGAGACCGAUCACAGGCCGGUUAUAUGCGCGAUCGCUGCGAUGUGGCUGCAGAAAUGCCACGACGAUAGCGAGACGGCCAAUUGGAUCAAGAGUAACACGAAGGAGUGUACGAAAUGCCAGAGUACCAUCGAGAAGAACGGGGGGUGCAACCAUAUGACUUGCAAGAAAUGCAAGCAUGAGUUUUGCUGGGUUUGCAUGGGCCCUUGGAGUGAACACGGAACGGCUUGGUACUCGUGUAACAGAUACGAUGAGAAAGCGAGUCAAGAGGCUCGCGAUGCGCAGUCGAAGAGCCGGGCUUCAUUGGAACGCUAUCUACACUACUACAAUCGAUGGGCUAAUCAUGAGCAGUCCGCGAAGCUCUCUAUGGAUCUGUACAAGAAGACGGAGCAGAAGAUGGAGGAGAUGCAGAUCUCGUCUGACCUGACUUGGAUCGAGGUGCAGUUCAUGAAGAAGGCCGUGGACGAGGUGUUCAAGUGUCGCAUGACGCUCAAGUGGACAUAUGCCAUGGCGUAUUACCUAGAUAGGGGGAACCCCAAGGAGCUGUUCGAGGACAAUCAACGAGACUUAGAGAAGGCCGUGGAGGAUCUGUCCGAGCUGCUUGAGCAGCCGAUCGAGCCGGAAGUCGUCCCGUCCCUGAGGCAGAAGGUUACAGACAAGACUGUCUACGUCCAGAAGCGCAACGAAAUCAUGUUAGAAGACACUGCCAACGGUUUCCUCGAAGGUCGAUGGCAGUGGAAUACCUCGGUGCCAGGGCUGGAAUGAACAACCAGGCAAUGUAUACCGUGUAUUAUCUAAGUCUUAACUCUUCGUCUGUGCACCCUAUCCCUUUCUUCAUCUGUACAUCGGACAGACACCACCAUCAUCCCGGUCACCCCCUUGCAUCAUUCCUUUUGCUUACUGUCCAAUGUCUUCUUCCCUCAUUGUAUUUUCUAUCUGUGUCAAUAGGUCGAAUAAUCCUGUUACUACAUACAUACCUGUUAUAUAGAGGUCUACAAAGGUUUACAAUCGCUAUUCUGC